AUGUUUCGUCUUAUCAACUUAAUUCUUUUCGUUUUCUUAUUUGCUAAUGUUUUUAGCUGGAAUCCAUCAAAUUAUUCAUAUGAUCCAGGUAGUAAUUAUCAUCUUGUAUGGCAAGAUGAUUUUGAAAAUGUAGGUCCUGUUAAAGCAACAAUCAAUGGAGCUCCAGCUUAUGCACCUAAUCCAUCAAAUUGGAUUUUAAAAACCGGUAAUAUAAAUGGUGGAUUACAGAAUUAUACAGAUUCAAUCGAAAAUGCAUAUAUACAAAAUGAUCAAUUAACAAUUGUGGCAUAUAAAGAAGGAUAUACAUCAGCUAUGUUAUCAAGUGUUUAUCUUCAACAAUUUACUUUUGGAAAAUUUGCAGCUAAAAUUCGUUUACCUUAUGGACAAGGUUUAUGGCCAGCUUGGUGGUUAGUUGGUAAUGCUUGGGAUAAAUAUAAACUUUAUUGGCCAACAGUUGGUGAAAUUGAUAUUUUAGAAAUGAUUGGAGGUCGUCAAUGGGGUAAUUCAAAUGAUAAAAUUGCAUAUGGAGCAAUACACUGGAAUAAUGCAUCAAAUUCAAUGACACCAUUAAAUCAUGCUCAGAAUCAAACAAAAUGGCAGACACCAGAUGGUUCAUUACUACAUGAUAAUAGUUUAGUUUAUUGGACUGAAUGGACUCCAAAAAAUAUAAGUAUUGGUGUUAAUGAAUUUACAUAUUUUCAAUUUAAUACAACGAAUAUUUCUGGAUCUAUCAAUCCAGUUGAUGCUUGGAGUGGAAAAUGGCCUUUCUAUAUGAUUCUUAAUAUAGCAAUUGGUGGUUCAUGGCCUGGAUCACCUGAUAAUACAACUGUAUGGCCACAAAAAAUGAUCGUCGACUGGGUUAGAGUUUAUCAACAAUAG